CUUCGGAGAGAGUCCACAAAUUAGUUUAGCUUCACCCUCAGCCUAACGUCUGUGUACCUCCCACCCCCGCUUGUACUGCGCUGUCGCGGUACCUGCCCUCGCCUGAUCAGCGUCAAACAAGAUAUGCCACCUCCGCUAUUCAGAUAUAAGAUUGGGCCCAUCCCUCCCGGGCUUGCUUUCCUCGCCUCUUCACCCGUCCCGUCCACCAUCGUAACGACUCUUCCCUUGCUAUCGGCCUAGCUUCCUCUUCCCCCUCCGCUAGACUACAAAAUGGCGCACACCCAUGAGAUAGAGGAGGAUAGUAUCGCCUUGGACUCCAAGGUUGCCGAGAAAAUCCCCGAGUACAAGUCUGACCAGCUUGCGUUCACCAGCUCGGUUGAGGAAGGGUCUACCGAUGAGUACGACCUCAAGGCGCGCAAUAUCGCCGGUUUCGACCCCAACGCGCCGACCGGCGACGACCCGAUCGACACUAAGGACGACAAGUAUGCUGUCGAGACCGAGCUCGAGGACUCGCCGUACCCCGAGGUCCGCGCUGCGGUGCCCAACGUUGACGACUCGUCUAUGCCUGUCAACACCAUCCGCAUGUGGGUACUUGGUUUGAUUCUCUCGACCGUCGGCUCUUCUCUCAACAUGUUCUUCUCGAUGCACUCUCCUGCAUUCACGCUUACUCCGUUCGUGGUCUCCAUCAUUGCCUGGCCGCUCGGUCGCGCAUGGGAUCUUAUCAUGCCCGAUAUCUCCAUCUUCGGCCUUAAGUUGAAGGACGGCCGCUUCAACGUCAAGGAGCACGCCAUGAUCACGGUCAUGUCGAACGUCUCCUUCGGCGGCGGCGCUGCCUACUCCACCGACAUCUUCCUCUCCAUGACCCAGUACUAUGACAUCCACUUUGGCUGGGGUUUCAUGAUUGUGACCACCAUCGCCACUCAGUGCAUCGGUUUCUCUGUCGGUGGCCUGUUCCGUCGCAUCUUGGUCUACCCCGGCUCGAUGAUCUGGCCUUCCAACCUCGUCACCGCCACGUUCCUCACCAACAUCCACAAGAACGACAACUUCCCCGUCUCGGGCUGGAAGAUCUCGCGUCUUCGUCUGUUCAACAUCAUCUUUGGCUGCGGCUUCCUGUACUACUGGUUCCCGGGCUACCUCGCCCAGUUCCUGUCCUACUUUGGAUGGAUCACCUGGAUCAGACCCAACAACGUUGUCCUCAACCAGGUCUUUGGCGUCGCCACCGGCAUGGGUCUUAUGCCCAUCACCUUUGACUGGAACCAGAUCGCGGGCUACAUCGGCUCGCCUUUGGUCCCCCCUUUCUUCGCGACCGCCAACAUCGCGUUGUCGAUGCUCAUCAUCUUCUGGAUCAUCGUGCCUGCCGUGCACUUCACCAACACCUGGUACGGAAAGUACCUGCCGAUGUCCGACUCGAGCACGUACGACCGCUACCAGAGCUCGUACAACGUCUCGCGGAUCUUGAACGCCGACCUGACGUUCAACGAGGACGCCUACAAGGACUACUCGCCGCUGUUCAUGUCGACCACGUUCGCAAUGUCGUACGGUCUUUCGUUUGCGUCCAUCACCGCGACGGUCAUGCACACCGCGCUUUUCCACGGCAAGGAGAUUAUGUUUUACUGGAAGAAGAGUCGCAAUGCGAAGCCUGAUAUCCACAUGAAGCUCAUGUCAAAGUACAAGGAGACCCCUGAUUGGUGGUUCGGUGUCGUGUUCCUCGUCGUGCUCGCUCUUUCGAUCGUCUCCGUGCGCGUGUGGGACACCGAUCUCCCUGUCUGGGCGCUCAUCCUCGCGUUGAUCCUCGCGUUCGUCAUGACCGCUCCCAUCGGUACCAUCCAGGCCAUCACCAACCUGCAGGUCGGUCUCAACGUGCUGACUGAGUUCAUUGUCGGAUACAUGCUUCCCGGCCGCCCCAUCGCCAUGAUGCUGUUCAAGACUUUUGGCUACAUCACCAUGUCGCAGGCGCUCUACUUUGUCUCCGACAUGAAGCUCGGCCACUACAUGAAGGUUCCUCCCCGCACCAUGUUCUGGGGCCAGUGCAUCUGCACCAUCUGGACCUCGAUCGUGCAGGUCGCGACCAUGCAGUGGGCGCUCGGCUCGAUCACCGACGUCUGCUCGUCCACGCAGCCCUCGCACUUCACCUGCCCGAACGCAAAGGUCUUCUUCAACGCCUCCGUCAUCUGGGGUGUCAUCGGCCCUCAGCGCAUCUUCUCCCAUGGCAUGAUCUACUACGGCCUCCUCUUCUUCUUCGUCGCGGGCUUCGUCCUCCCCAUCAUCACCUGGCUCAUCGUCAAGUGGAAGCCCAAGUCGAUCGCAAAGUACAUCAACUGGCCCGUCUUCUUCACCGGCACCGGUCUCAUCCCGCCCGCGACGCCGUACAACUACGCCUCCUUCUGCCUCGUCGGCUUCUUCUUCAACUACUACCUCAAGCGCAAGUACUUCGCCUGGUGGGCAAAGUACAACUACACGAUCUCCGCCGGCCUCGACAUCGGUCUCGCCGCGGGCUCGCUCCUGGUCUUCUUGACCACCGCGCUCACAAACACCGACGCGCCGUCCUGGUGGGGUAACAACGUCCUCAACACCGUCGACUACAACGGCGAGGCCAUCCAGGUCCUCGUCUCCGAGGAGCAGCCAUUCUUCGGACCUACCUCGUGGUAAUUUCUCUUCUCCAGUCGUUCUAAACGUCUCUAUAAUUCUUUAUUUUUCUCCUUUUUCUACUUUUUUGGUCGUUUGGGAAUGCGAGGUAUAAUCGGGUCUUUUCAGUCUAUGUUUGUGCUAUCCUGAUUUUACAGUACAAAAAAAGUUCUUUUGUCUCCUGCGGUGCAUAACAAAUAUAA